UAAAAGUUGCUUGGAAGUAUUGUUUGUCAUAGAAAGCUAUAUUGCAUAGAACGUUGGUAGCUGAUAAGGAUCGAUUGAAUAAUGGGUUUUUUAAAAUCUGUCGGUACUGGAAUAAUAUACAUCGGCGUUUUUCUAGCUGUUAUCACAUUCCUACCAGGCUUACCUCCAGUAGCUCAAUUUUCCGAAUACAGUGUAAAGCUUCCGACUGACGUGAAAUCCCAAUACGAUUUGAAGAAUCGACUGCAGGGAGCAGAGAUAUUGUUCGCUGAAGAAGUCAAAGGUCCGGAGGCUUUUGCGUCGUAUGAUGGAAAAUUGUACACGGGUAUACGUGGAGGUUAUGUCGUACAAAUUGAAGAGGACCGUCUGAUACCAAUUGUGAAAUUCGGUCAGAAAUGUGAUGGUUUAUGGCAAGAAGAAAAGUGUGGUAGACCAUUGGGAUUAAGGUUCAAUGAUAGAGGAGAUUUAUUCGUAGCUGAUUCUUAUUAUGGCAUUUUUAAAGUAAAUGUUAACACAAAGCAAUAUGUAAACAUAGUUAAUAGCUCAGAACCCAUUGAUGGAAAAGUUCCGAAGAUAUGCAACUCUUUGGACAUCGCGAAGAAUGGAGACAUUUAUUGGUCGUACUCAUCUGCAGAAUUCCCUCUUCAUGAUGGAACUUACUCGUUCUUAGCUAAUCCAUCAGGAGGUCUUGUGCGAUACAACGCAGCGACAAAAAAGAACGAAAUCUUACUAAAUAAUUUAGGAUUUGCGAACGGCGUCGCUUUAAGCAAUGACGAAAGCUUUGUGAUCGUCUUAGAAUGUCAAACCUCGCGCAUUAUUAAGUACCAUCUACGAGGUCCGAGAGCUGGGCAACACGAGUACUUUGCAGAGGGUCUACCUGGUUUACCAGACAAUGUGCAGCCCGAUGGACAAGGAGGCUUCCUUGUAUCUUUGGUUCUUUAUGUAGAUGCUGAGCAUCCUGCGUUGCAUCAGUCUCUUAUGCCACAUCCGUAUCUUCGAAAAAUGUUGACUAGACUGCUUUAUUUGAUAGAAGCUCCAUUUAAAUUGUUACAAGAUGUUUACCCGAAUUACUGUUCGGAGAAAGUAACACAUGCUGUGGGUUCGUUCGAAGUAUCACAAAUCUUUGAUGUAAAAAAAACAUCGGUAAUACUUAGAUUCGAUAAGACAGGAAAAGUUUUGGACGCUAUAUACUCGGACGAUGGGCAAGUUCAUAAUAUCUGUGAUGCUCAUAUACAUAAUGGAUACGUGUGGCUUGGUUCUCCUUGGAACGAGUAUAUCAUGAGAGUUCCGUUAAAACAAGCAUUCCCAGAUUUAGUAAUAGCUAAUAAGAAACCUGCAAGUACAAAGAAACAGGAACAAGGAGAACCGUUGAUAACAGUUUCAGGCACACCCAAUGUUAAAAUAGAGACAAAGCCUGCGGCAGCUAAACCGGUAGUUAAACCGGUAGUUAAACAAGAAUCUACUACAAAGCCACCUCCUAAACCAACCGCAAAAGCACAAACAACGCAAAAACUAGAGACAACGACAGCAAAGCCAACCACCACUGCAAAAUCUACGACAUCACAACCUACGACUACCACUACCUCUUCUACUACUACUACUACUACUACUUAUUUAUUUCAAUAUGAAUUAUAUCUUGGUAUAUGUUUAAGUGUAAAGCUUCCGACUGACGUGAAAUCCCAAUACGAUUUGAAGAAUCGACUGCAGGGAGCAGAGAUAUUGUUCGCUGAAGAAGUCAAAGGUCCGGAGGCUUUUGCGUCGUAUGAUGGAAAAUUGUACACGGGUAUACGUGGAGGUUAUGUCGUACAAAUUGAAGAGGACCGUCUGAUACCAAUUGUGAAAUUCGGUCAGAAAUGUGAUGGUUUAUGGCAAGAAGAAAAGUGUGGUAGACCAUUGGGAUUAAGGUUCAAUGAUAGAGGAGAUUUAUUCGUAGCUGAUUCUUAUUAUGGCAUUUUUAAAGUAAAUGUUAACACAAAGCAAUAUGUAAACAUAGUUAAUAGCUCAGAACCCAUUGAUGGAAAAGUUCCGAAGAUAUGCAACUCUUUGGACAUCGCGAAGAAUGGAGACAUUUAUUGGUCGUACUCAUCUGCAGAAUUCCCUCUUCAUGAUGGAACUUACUCGUUCUUAGCUAAUCCAUCAGGAGGUCUUGUGCGAUACAACGCAGCGACAAAAAAGAACGAAAUCUUACUAAAUAAUUUAGGAUUUGCGAACGGCGUCGCUUUAAGCAAUGACGAAAGCUUUGUGAUCGUCUUAGAAUGUCAAACCUCGCGCAUUAUUAAGUACCAUCUACGAGGUCCGAGAGCUGGGCAACACGAGUACUUUGCAGAGGGUCUACCUGGUUUACCAGACAAUGUGCAGCCCGAUGGACAAGGAGGCUUCCUUGUAUCUUUGGUUCUUUAUGUAGAUGCUGAGCAUCCUGCGUUGCAUCAGUCUCUUAUGCCACAUCCGUAUCUUCGAAAAAUGUUGACUAGACUGCUUUAUUUGAUAGAAGCUCCAUUUAAAUUGUUACAAGAUGUUUACCCGAAUUACUGUUCGGAGAAAGUAACACAUGCUGUGGGUUCGUUCGAAGUAUCACAAAUCUUUGAUGUAAAAAAAACAUCGGUAAUACUUAGAUUCGAUAAGACAGGAAAAGUUUUGGACGCUAUAUACUCGGACGAUGGGCAAGUUCAUAAUAUCUGUGAUGCUCAUAUACAUAAUGGAUACGUGUGGCUUGGUUCUCCUUGGAACGAGUAUAUCAUGAGAGUUCCGUUAAAACAAGCAUUCCCAGAUUUAGUAAUAGCUAAUAAGAAACCUGCAAGUACAAAGAAACAGGAACAAGGAGAACCGUUGAUAACAGUUUCAGGCACACCCAAUGUUAAAAUAGAGACAAAGCCUGCGGCAGCUAAACCGGUAGUUAAACCGGUAGUUAAACAAGAAUCUACUACAAAGCCACCUCCGAAACCAACCGCAAAAGCACAAACAACGCAAAAACUAGAGACAACGACAGCAAAGCCAACCACCACUGCAAAAUCUACGACAUCACAACCUACGACUACCACUACCUCUUCUACUACUACUACUACUACUACUACUACUCCUCCUCCAAAACCGCCAGUAGCAAAAAAAGAUGUUAAAAGAGACAUUCCAAAAGAUGUUAAAAAAGACAUUCCAAAAGAAGUGAAGAAAGACACAAUUAAUACGCAGGAAAAAGUUCCGAAGAAAGACAGCAAAGCAACGGUGAAACAGGAAUCUAAGCCUGUUAAAGCAGACACUCGUGAAACUGCAUCCGACAAGCCCAAGACUGCGCGAAAAGAGAAUGAGUCUACUAAAAACUGAAUGUUAGAGGAUCAGUGCAAGUUUAAGUUGAAUCAUUAUUUAUAUUACAUAUUCUUUCUCACGUUAAACGUUUAACGUACUUCAAACAUAUCCAACUUAUUUGUUAGAUUUUAUGAGAUUUAUAACGUAUAUGUAUUCUGUUCUUUGAUAGUAUACUCUACUUAUAUUCUUCCAAUAACGUUCGGAGAAGCGGCAUUGAAAAGAUUGUUUUCUAUUUAAAUUUUCAUACGAACGGGAGAAAAUUAGAAGAAUGGAUAUUAGGGACUGUGAUUUAGAUUUGUACAUAAGAUUGAAAAUAAUGUUGUUUUUUUAAAUUGUUCCAUAUUAUACGAUUAAUAUAAUGUUUAAUACCUAUUAUAUACAU